UCGCAUCGACCGGGUCAGCAUUUGAAAUGAAAAUACAUUUUCAAAAGGACUUUUUUUGGGACAGGCGGAUACGAUGUCACGUAACAGGCUCUUUUCGUGGCAUCGCCCGCCGAGUCUACCGAAAGGGUAACGUGGCUCACCGCCCGUGAGAGGGGCCGUAGGGGUCGGGUGCAAGGUGAGCUGGGCGGUGGACCUUGGCGAUCCGAUCCCCGGCUCCAGAAACUAGCUCGAGGGAUAUGUAAAAACGGCACGGAAUCAUUUCAGCGUCCAUGCGUUAACUUGUAUGACGAUGUUGACCUUUCCAAUAUGGCGCCUAUCGGACCGUCCGGAAGAGAGGUCUGCUGCUCCUCGUUGAUUGGCUGUGCGGUUGAGGGGCGGGUUUAUAUUCGGCCAUUGUUGCUUUCACGGCUGGGCCAAGGAAGGCGCGGCUACAUUUGAAAAGCGGCGAAUGGCGUCGGGCUAAAGCUGCGCUGAGUUCGAGGCGACCAGAACCCAAAGUCGACGGUAGGUAGGCGACAUGGCGGAGCUUCCGGACUGCGGCGGUUCCUUCCAGGCUGCCGAGAGGAAGUCAGCGGCGGGCAACAAGAGCCGGACUGGCCGGGCUGGCCGGGUUCGCCGGGUGACACUGGAGAAGGUUCUGGGCAUCAGCGCGGCCAGCAGCAGCGCGUUGGCGUCCGACCCGAACUCCGGCCUUGUGGCCUAUCCUGCAGGGUGUGUGGUGGUGUUGCUCCACCCGCAGAUCUACAAACAAAAGCACAUCAUCAACACGUCCAGAAAACCUUUCAGCGCUUUGGCCUUCUCGUGUGACGGCAGGCAUUUGGUCACUGGGGAGCGCGGCCACCUGCCGUGCGUGCGCGUGUGGCAGGUGGACGACGGCGCGGAGGCGGCCGCCGUCCAGAAUCACAAGUGCGGCGUUUCCUGCGUGGCGUUCUCGACGGGUGGCGCCUACGUGGUCUCCGUGGGAGAUCAGUACGACAUGAACGUGUGCGUGUGGGACUGGCGGAAAGGCUCCAUCCUGGCCUCCAACAAAGUGUCCAGCAGCGUGUCGGCCGUUUCCUUCUCCGAGGACGGCAGCUACUUUGUCACGGCCGGGAAAAGACACAUCCGCUUUUGGUACCUGGACGUCUCCAAGGAGCGGCGGGGCGCCGGCACGGCGCCUCUGACGGGUCGCUCGGGGUUGCCGGGCGACCUCCGGCAGGCCGUCUUCAGCGGGGUGGGGUGCGGCCGCGGCCCCGCGACGGCCGCCACCUACGCCGUCACGCGGUCCGCCCUCCUGUGUCGCUUCAACGCCGGCCGGGUGCUGGAGGCCCGGGUCCCCCUCGAGGCGUCGUGCGCGCACAGCGUGGAAGUGACGGACAACUUUGUGUUUUGCGGUUGUUCGGACGGCUUGGUGCGCGUUUUCUCGCCGUCGGACAUGCGUUACAUCACCACCCUGCCCUACCCGCACCGCCUGGGGGUGGCCAGCCCGCAAGAUUCCGGGCCGAUCCGGUACCCCGACGUGCUGGCCCUGACCUUUAACCCCGCGGCCCGACACCUGACCUGCGUGUACUCGGACCGCAGCGUUUACGUUUGGGACGUCGGCCAGCUCGGGAACGCCAAGAGGAUCCAUACGGCGCUCUACCACAGCGCCCCCGUGUGGAACAUAGAGGUGUGUGGAGAGCGUUCCGCCGGGUCUCAGGCCCGUCCGCCGCCAUCUUGGUUCCUGACGUCUUCGUCAGACAACACCGUCCGGCAGUGGCAGCCUCACGCCGACAUCUCCAGCAAUGGCCUGCUGAGGAUUUUAUACGUCGGGGAAAACACUCCGGCGGACAAACGGGAGAAAUCCGCCGUCCGAGUCCUGCGCCUCUGUCCCGACGGGCGACGCUUGGCCACCGGAGACUUCGGCGGAGUUUUGCGUCUCUUUGAUUUGGACUUUCUGGAGGAGCUGGUGAGGAUUGAGGCCCACGACUCUGAGAUUUUGGCUCUGGAGUUCUCGCCAUCCUCUGUAGGCGUCGAGCUCCUCGCCAGCGCCGGCAGGGACCGGCUCGUCCGCAUCUUCAACCUGGAGCGCGGCUUCCGUCUGGAGCAGACCAUCGGCGACCACUCGGCCCCCGUCGUCGCCGUCAAGUUCGCAGGCGACGGGGCGCACCUCCGCCUGGUGAGCUGCGGCGCCGACAAAAGCGUCUACUUCUACUCUUGCGCGCGUCAACCUCAUCAAACGGCGGAGGGGGGCGUGUCCUUCUGGAGGACGCAGCAGGCGCUGGAGAAGACCGCGCUGCACGACAUGGACGCCGACUCGUCCGGGACGCGCGUGGCCGUCGCCUGUCAGGACGGAAAAGUCCGACCACAGAAAUGGCAGAUGGCUGAUGAUGAGGAUGAGGAGGAGGCUGAAACGGGACCAUUUGAGAAAUUUGACAUCCAAAGCCGAAUAUUUUCUACGUCUGUGUUCAGGGUGUACAGCGUUGACACGGGAAAGAUGUGUAGAAGUUUGAAGGACCCGAGCAAAGGAGGAGCCUUGCUGAAGGUCCGCGUGGAUCUGACCGGCACCCUCGUGGCCACCUGCUGCUCCGACAAGAACAUCAGCGUCUUGGACUACCGGUCCGGCGAGCGCCUCGCCGCCCCGUUUGGGCAUUCGGAGCCGGUGACGUGCUUGCGCUUCAGCGCCGACUGCGCCUACCUGAUCAGCGCUUCGGUGGACGGUUGCGUGUUUGUGUGGCGGCUGGAUUCCCACGCGAUGAUGCGGAAAAGGGCCCCGAUGCGGAGCGUCGUCGCCGCCCCCAGCAUCAGGCGGGAAACCUUCAUCGUCGGGCCGGCGCGUCGGCUGCCGGGGGACGGGGAGCCGGAGACGCCGUCCGGACCGGACCCCGAAGGAGCCCCCCAAACGCCCGCUAAUGGGACGCCACCCACGUGGGUCCCACAACUGCAGGGCGAGGAGGAGGAGGAGGAGGCGGCGGCGCCGACGACGGUCCCGUCGGACGCAGAACCUGCUCCGGUGCGGAAUCGCUGGCUGGAAAAGAGUCCUCUGAUCUUCCUGGACUACUCUCAGAGUUUUAACGAUACCGAAGACGAGGACUGGGGGGACGAAGACCGAGACUUUCACCCGCAGAGUCUGGAAAACCAUCUGAGCGGCAAGGAAAACUGUGAGCCGGUCGGGCCGGAGGAUGGCGGACCGGAUCGACGGGGGCCGGACCGGCUUCCCCCUUCGUCCCGACGGCGCGACCUCUGACCUACGAGGUGACGCGUCUGCUGUCCUUCGCGAAAGCACGACCGGCGUCCUUUGCGGUCAGUCCGUCCAGUCAGCAUGUGAGCCUCCGACCGGUUCUUCUCCGGACCCGCCGAUGGGGCGGGUCGGCCGAGCCCGGACUCCGGUUGCUCAGCGGAAAGCUUUGAUGACGCCGGUUGGUGUCAAAAUAGGGGAAACCGUGCAAAGGUUGAACGAG